AUGGCACCUUCAGUCCAGGCAGCUAUUCCUCCUGAUGGAAUCUGGCGAAGAGGGAAGAAGUACUAUUCGGUGUGUGAUGUUAUUUUCGAGAUCGACGCCAAGUAUGAUCCCAUCAAGCCUCUGGGGGCGGGAGCAUAUGGAGUGGUCUGCUCCGCGCAUGAUGAGGAGACGAAAAAGAAGGUCGCCAUCAAGAAGAUCUCCAACGUGUUUGAAGACCAGACCACUGCUGUUAGGACUCUGAGGGAGAUGAUGAUUCUCCGGCAAAUCAAGCACUUCAACGUGAUCCCCCUCAAGGAUGUGAUGCUGCCAGCCCCGAAGGCGCAGUUUAAGGAUGUUUAUUUGGUCUUCGAGCUCAUGGACACUGACCUGGAUCGUGUUAUCGAGUCUGGUUUGCCGCUAUCUGCCAACCACGUCAAGUACUUUCUCUUUCAGAUACUGUGCGGCCUCCGCCACAUUCACUCAGCCAACAUACUCCACCAAGACCUGAAGCCCAGCAACAUCCUCGUCAACGCUGAUGGUCAUCUGAAGAUUGGCGAUUUUGGACUUGCUAGAACGACAGCCCAAGAUGACUCCCAGGUCAUGACAGGAUAUGUCGCCACUCGAUGGUACCGUGCACCCGAGGUCCUCCUCGUCUCCCUCAACUAUGGGCAACCUAUUGACGUAUGGUCCACCGGGUGUAUCUUUGCUGAAAUUCUUGGGAGAAAGCCCAUCUUUCCCGGCACCAGCAGCCUCAACCAGUUGCAGCACAUAAUAAACGUGCUAGGGACCCCGAAGCAAGCUGAUCUUGAGUUCAUCCAAAAUAAGAAGGCCAGAAAUUACAUCCAAUCCUUGCCUUACUCUAGUGGAACCCCACUGUCGAAUCUCUUCCCCCAGGCAGAUUCUCUGGGAUUAGACUUGCUUGAGAAGAUGCUUGCAUUCAACCCAAAGAAGAGGAUCACUGCUUCUCAAGCGCUCAAGCACCCUUACCUGGCAGACGUUUACAUUGCAGAUUUCGACUCUCCAGCGCAAUUCCAAGUGAAGCUGGACGUGGACGAGGAUUCAAAAUUUAAUGAGAUGAGGAAACUGAUGUGGGAUGAGAUGCUCUACAGCCAUCCCGAACUCGCUUUAUGCCGAAAUCAAGUUCUGGAAGUUGCUAUUGUUGAAGGUGGUGGGGCUCAUGUUGUACGAGGAGAAGGUGUUGUUGUCCCUGCCUCAGCUCAGGCAGCCCGGAUGGAAUUGGUCAGAGUAGGACUGGUCAAGGGUGAAAUCGUGCUUGCUGUUCCCCGACUGAUUGUACAGCUCCACUUGAAGCUUGUUCACGCAUGCUAG